UCGGCGACGAGCAAUCAGUAGUUGUUUUGUGUUCGAAUACGCCGGACCCUCGUUGCUGUUUGCUCUUCGUUUGAGUUUAUUAUUACGUCUACAAAGCUUAAGUGCCAAAAUGUCACCCAAUUCCGAUUUAGCUGAACCCGUUAAUCCCAAUGAGUUCCUUGUCAUCCCGAAAUGGAUCAAUGAGGAUUAUUUUCGACCCAUCGUCGAGCAAGAUGUGCCAGACUUUGCCAGCAUCAAAAACUUUACGCCGAUCGCCGCAACACAGCCAGGUGAAAACUAUACAUCCAUUAUGGUGCGUGUCAUUGUAGACAUCGAGCUCAAAGAUGGCACUGAGCAGAGAGUGUCGUACAUACUGAAGACAAUGCUGGACGCUAGUAAGGGGGGCGCUCUAGUCAAUGAGAUGAACUUGUUUCCCAAGGAGACUGACAUGUACCAGACGCACAUACCUAGUUACCUAAAACUCUACAAGGAAGCGGGUGUCGACAUUGAAUUGGCACCCAAGUGCUUGCUCGUAGAAGAGACUCCGGAGCGUACAACCCUUGUCCUGGAGGACCUAAAACGCCAGAACUUCUACAAUGUAGACCGCCUCAAGGGCUUGGAUAUGCCCCAUAUGAAGCGGGUGUUGCGUAAAUUGGCAGAGCUGCACGCAGCCUCGGCGGUUAAACGGGAGCAGAACGGACCCUUCUCCGAGAUGUACUACACAUCAUUCUAUCAUGAAAAGAAUCGUCCCAUUUUCGAGCAAUUGGGAGAAAUGCGCAUGAAACAAUAUGUAAAGGCCAUGAGGGAAUGGCAGCUACCGGAUGUAGAGAAAUAUAUUGCAAAUAUGCCUUCUCCAAGCGAAAUGUUUGAGGACGCACUUAAGCUGAAUAAGGUGGACGAGGACGAGUUCAAUUGCCUCAAUCACGGAGACCUGUGGUGCAAUAACAUUAUGUUCGCCGAGAACGGAGCCGAGGAGCGCACUCUCUUUGUGGACUUGCAAGUGGGCAAGUGGGGCUCUCCGGCUCAGGAUCUCUGGUACUUGAUAACAACGUCGGCAGCACUUGACAUCAAGGUCAAGGAGUUCGAUCACUUCAUCAGCAUCUAUCACGAACGUUUGGUGGAAUGCCUGCAGUUGCUGAAGUACUCAAAGCAUAUUCCCACGCUGACAGAAUUACAUAUUAUGAUGUUAAAAUACGGCAAAUGGGGCCCAGUCACAGCGAAUGGCGUUUUGGUUGCCAUAAUCCUGCCCUCCGAUAAGGAUUCAAGCAUUGACAUGAUGAUGACGCCGGGACCUGAAGGUGAUGCUUUCCGCUACAAGACCUUCAUCAAUCCCUAUUACGUCAGGGCUAUGCUGCAGUUGUAUCCUUUCUUCGCCCAUAAAGGAUUGCUCUAGAAUAAUCAUUAUAUAAUAAUGUGUGAUUUGUUUUUACCACUUUACAUAUGCAGGUGAUACUGUUAGUAUAUUAUCUAAAACCGAAAUAAAGCCUUUUCCUGUCGAUAA